AGUUCAGUUUUGCAUCUUUUGCUGCGAGGAAAGCCCAUUUUCUCUCUUCUCUUGCCUCCCUUAUAACAUAGAGGAAAAAAUGCCAUUUAGAACAUAGUUAGGCAUAGAACUCAUACCCCCUCCUGUUUGUGUAGUACUCUUUUGCUCUAUAAGUGUGCUUGUAUCGAUCACAAUUUCCACAUUUUUUUUUCUGCCCAUUUUAGCACGAUGGAUUUGUGAUGGAGAGGCGAAAAGUGGACAAAAAUGUGAGGAAAGUCGUAUCGGGGAAAAAACUAAAUUGAACUACACAUACUAUACAUAGAGAGGGUGAAAAUUGUGGGGUGGAAAAGCGAUUUUUUCCACCAUUUUACCGCUUUAUUAAAUUAAGAGAUACUUUUCACGCGUAUUGAUUUGCCAUUUAUGCUUCUUGUCGCUUCCAAUUUAUCCCAUAUUUAUUGAUGAACUUUUGAUGACAAAGUUUUCCACCAUAAAAGAGACAUUUCCUCCCUCUCCUCGCAUUCCGCGCACUUGGUUGCCCAAGGAGUUUGUGGGUAUAUACGGGAUGAAAAAGUUUCUGGUUUCACAAUUAAAAAUUUGUACGAAAAACUUUAAUUAAGUGCACCGAAAAAUAAAAUGUACAGUGGAAGUGCAAAGUGACCACGACGGGAUCAAUUUUACCCCAACAUACCCCCACAUAUCCCAUGGGGCGCAUUAUGGGAUAUCCAUUAUAAAUGAGUUUUGGCUUGUGACAAACUGAAAGGAACUGAUUGAUCCCCAUAAUGCUACUGCAGUGAUUAAUGAUGUAGCUUUUUAGAAAACUUAUUUUAGAGAAAAAGUUAAAGGAAAUAAAAUUGUUUAAACUUUUCGAAAUUGAGUAAGAAAAGACACCCAGAGAGACGAUCCAAUAAGUUUGGUACAUAAUACAAUGUGACACAGCAGAAAAGCGUCCCACAAUUAAUAUGUUUGUGCGAUAAUGAUGAUAUAAAAUGCUGAAAAUCACGUGAGACUUUAAUAAAAAUACCCUCAAAUGGUAAAAUGUACAAUGUAUAUGAUACGAAAUCAUGGAUAAUCCCCAUUCUCACAGCAACAUAAUUUAUGAGUGUUUAUCGUGGAAUUAAGCUGCGAAAAAGGGACCCAAAACACACACGCAUCACAGAUGAAUGGCCAACAAAAAAAUCCCACUCACUGUAGAAUCAAUUAAAGUGAAAGAAAUGUGAUUAAAUGCGAAGUUUAUAAUUCACCCCUCAUGGCAAUUGCUAAAAAGCCCUUCUCUCAGCGCGCUCGCCCCUAAAAUUUAUUCAGUGAGCAAUAAUCUCGCAACUGCUCUCUUAAUGUGUCUGCACUUAUUUAUGAGUAAUCACACCGCAUUCGGAAUUGCUGUUGCCACCAAAAAGGAACCUCAAACAGGAUGUGCAACUUAACUCUAAUAGUCGGUGGAGUUCUUCUUCUGUGGUUCACACCAUUUAUCUCCUGCUACUUAAAUGUGUUCAUCAAUCAGAAAGAAAUGAAGAAACUAAUGGGCCUCGAUGCUGAAUUAUUUUACGUUCACGAAGGAGUGGUUAAUACAUAUGCAAUGCUUUUCGUGGUUCCUGUUCCAGCGAAUGUAAAUGACUUGGAGUUUUCUUGGCAAAGCCUUGUCGAACAUCCGCUCUCCUACACCAUUACCAUUGACUACGCCACGGAAUUGGAGGCCCUCAUGCCGCCGGAGCUGAGUAUUCCUACAAGGGGAUUCGUUCCCAGAGUCCUAGACACUUUCACAGUUCAUUUGCCGUGCUCCGGAAAGGAGUCCGAGGAGAUACCCAUUGCCAUUAAUCUUCAUAUCCGGGCGCCUUCUCGCCGAAACGACACACGCCUCAAUUUCAAGCGCAAUAAGAUUUGCCUCAAAGGACUCAACUCGGUGUCUCCGUCACCAGCAAAGGCUCCCUCUCAGACUUCAGCGCUCCUUGGUGCCGUUGCAUGUGCUCUUGGUCUUGUCCUGGUUAUUGGUCUCAUCGCCAGUGCCAUGUACAUUAGGGCUAGAAAACAGAUCCGGCAGGAUUCGCUCCACACCAGCUUCACCACGGCGGCAUACGGCAGCAAUCAGAAUGUAUUCAUUCGUCUGGAUGCUGUGGGACGACCGGCGAGCAUCAACAGCGACUCGUACGCAACCAUCACCAGCCUCAAUAAAUUCCCUCUGGCAGAAUCGAAAAGGAGCUGGCUCGGCAAGCCAUCGUCACCAUCGCCAUAUGCAACGGCCCUUCUGGCUCUUCCACCAUCACAGGAUGUGGCUGAAACAAUCUACUCUAAACCCGAAUCUCUCUGUCCAUCUCGUGUCUCUUACUAUGCUUCUUCUCAAUUGACUCAGAUUUGCAGCCUGUCGACGCCGCGGAGCUUUCACAGCAAUGUGUUCGACCCAAAGGAUAAGCUCAGGCGAGUUGCCGUGCCGCAGGGGACCAUCCAAUGCAGGGAUGUUGUCCAGGAGGGAACGUAUGGGCGUAUCUACAGUGGACUUCUCCAGAACGCAUUGACUGGAGAGGCGCAUGAAGUACUCGUAAAGACUGUUGUAGAUGGUGCUUCUUUGACACAAGUUGCCUUUUUGCUGACUGAAGGUUCUAUUCUCAUGGGGAUCUCCCAUCCAAAUCUACAGAGCCCCGUUGCGGCGUGUAUGGAAUUGCCAGGACCACCUCAAAUCGCCUACCCAUGGCCCCUAAAUGGGAAUCUCAAGCUAUAUUUGCAGAACAGCAGGGAAAAUUCCAAUCCGCCGAGCACACGUCAAUUAGUGGAGUUCGGUCUGCAAGUCACCCGGGGGUUGGCCCACUUGCACACGAUAGGUAUCCUGCAUCGCGAUGUUGCCACGCGGAAUUGUGUCAUCGAUGCUGAGAUGAAUGUGAAGAUUUGCGAUAGCGGCCUAUCUAGAGACCUCUUCCCAGAUGAUUACCACUGUCUGGGUGACAAUGAGAAUCGACCUGUGCGAUGGUUAGCGCUGGAGACGCUCCAGAAGAAACUCUUCGUGAUAUCUAGUGACGUUUGGAGCCUAGGAGUCCUCCUGUGGGAACUCACAACCCUCGCAGCAAUGCCCUAUGAGGAAGUUGAUCCUUUCGAAUUGGAGGCCUAUCUCAGGGAUGGAUAUCGACUUUCCCAACCUGUUAACUGCCCCGAUGAAUUCUAUACUGUGAUGUCGUGCUGCUGGCUACAAGAUCACGCCCAGCGACCCUCUUUUCCACAACUUAUUGCAUAUUUGCAUGACUUUCACGCUGACUUGGAAAAGUACAUCUAAAUUAGGAAGAAAAUAAAAUUUAAAACACGUAGGAGCAACAAAAUGCACACAAGAACGUUUUUAUCAAUAUUAUGAUCUACUAAAUGAAAGAAAAAAAAUCAUUAUGCGUAUCUGAAUAGUCUGAAUAAUUGAUAUUACUGUGUAAUACGAUGUUGUAACUUCCAAAAUAGCCCAUCAUUCUCACAAAAAAAUACCAUUUUAUCAAACUAAAUAGUCAAUACCAUAUCUUAACACAAGUACACGCCAAUUUUAUAUCAUCCCUGUUUAAGAAAAAAAAAUGAAGAGCAACCUAAACCAAAGAAAAGCAUUUUUGGGAGACAAUAAAUUAUAAAAUGUUACUUUUAUGGGAUGCUCACAGAUACAAUUUUAGUGGAAAAGUUGCAUUUUAUAGAAGGAAAUUUAACAUUUUUCAAGAUGUACUUUGUCAAUUUUUUCUUUUCAAAAAUGGUGUUUUUGGAUUUUUAUGUCUUUUCUUUGGUGAAUCUCUCUGUAAUCUUUGUCUUAUCCUGCAUGAAUGUCAGGAUUGUUUGUCUCAAAUUUUUACCUCAAAAUUCCAAUAAUAUUCUAUAAAUAUUUUUACUUAAAUGUAUCACAAAAAACACUCUUAAAAACUUUCUGUCUAUUAAAAAAAAAACUUACCAAAAAAGCAGACGUUUGUGUUCAUCGGAAUGUUAACUGGUGUUGAAAUUGAAUUAUAUUAAAUGUGAACCCAAUAUAAAGUCUACAAUGAAAUGGAAUGUAUCUCAUAUUAAAUAUGUAUUUUAUUUAUAAAAGAAAA